GUCAAAGCUGCCAUUGUUCCAGCUGAAGAAAGGUAUGACCUAGUUGAGGGCCAGACUUUGACAGUGAACUGUCCCUUCAACAUCAUGAAGUACGCCAGCAGCCAGAAGGCUUGGCAGAGGCUACCAGCUGGGAAGGAACCCUUGACCCUGGUGGUCACACAGAAGUCCUCUUCAAGACCCAGUGAAGUCCACAUGGGGAAGUACAUCCUGAAAGAUGACCCUACUGAGGCCAUGCUACAUGUUCAAAUGACUGACCUUCAAGUGGCAGACUCCGGAUUGUAUCGUUGUGUGAUUUACCAUCCUCCGAACGACCCUGUUCUGCUCUUCCAUCCUGUCCGCCUGGUGGUGACCAAGGGUUCUUCAGAUGUGUUCACUCCUGAAAUCUUUCCUACUCCAAGGCUGACUGAGCGUCCCAUCCUUAUUACCACAAAACACUCGCCCAGUGAUACAACCACAACCCGAUCCCUACCCAAGCCCACUGCUGUUGUUCCCUCUCCUGAUCCUGGGGUCACCAUCAUUAAUGGGACAGAUGCUGGCAGUGUCUUCACAUCCGACGUUACUAUUUCAGUCAUCUGUGGACUCCUCAGCAAGAGCCUGGUUUUCAUCGUCUUAUUCGUUGUCACGAAGAGGUCAUUUGGAUGA